AGAUUUUGUUCCUAUUGCCUGUGCUUUUUCAUUGUGUUUCCGGCUUUAUAUUCUAAUAUCGGAUUUUUUCGUUUCUCAAAAACGCGUCGAAUGAAUUCAAUUUCAUCAAAAUCGAAGUGGAAGGGGGUGUUCUAAACAAUUACCGUGCAUAUUAUGUAUAUACCUAUACGCGAGUAAACGAACGGAGCGAAUUACGCGUUCUAGUACGAACGUUAUGUACAUAUGUGAUUCUGGUAGAUUCGGACGAGAAGAAAUGAUCUCUCUUCUCGUCGAUUCUUUGUCAUAAUGCUGAACAAAUUUAUAGUUAAGGUUAUUCGUGGGUUCGUGCAAUGUGCAUGUGUGACAUAUUGCAUAUACGAGUAUGUAGGUGAUAUUGUCGUGUGUAGUGGUCCAUCCAUGGAACCCACUUUGUACACUAAUGACGUCUUACUUCUGGAACGAAUAUCAGUUAGAUUACAAAGGCUUGAGAAGGGAGACAUUGUCAUAUCUAAAUGUCCCAACAAUCCGGAGCAGAAUAUAUGCAAGCGAAUCAUAGGCCUGCCUGGCGACAAAAUAAGGAAUGGCUUUAUCAUAACUACGAUACCUUAUGGACACGUUUGGCUGGAAGGUGACAACAGAAAUAAUUCUACAGAUUCGCGAAUAUAUGGACCAGUACCUCAUGGAUUGUUACGUGGGCGAGCUUUAUGUAAAAUACUUCCUUUAAGAGAUAUAACUAUGUUUACAACCAAAUAUGCAACUUAAAUUAUUUUUUAUAUUUAAUAGAUAUUUGUAUUGAUUAAGGAUUGCAGGAAUAUUCACUUAGUCACAUUUUAUUUAAACUAGAUUUAAAAAAAUAAAAAAUUCCUGAUGUAUUAUAUGUGAUUAGUGGCAUAAAAGCAUCGUUAACAGAUUUUCGAAAAAAAAAAAAAAAACAGUAUAUUAUAUAAAAGUAUAUUAUAUAAAAAUAGUUAUACUUUU